CAGCGCUCCGCUCGGUUUCGCCGUGAUUUCAUACCGAAGUCAUACUUCACAUUCCAGCUUUACUGUCAAAUCAGGAGAAAUAUUUCUUCAAAAACAGCAGCGUGGUUUGCAUUUGUAAAUGCGCUAAUGAGAUAAAGCCCGAAAUCCCCUUUUGCCCGCUGUACAGCAGAGGUUUGCGUAUAAGUCCUGGGUGUGAGGGCUCACGUAGGGGCCCAGGUGGAGCCGCCACCAUUGCAGCCAACGAGUGGAGCACCAGCGAGAGCCCAGAGGAGGGGCCGGAGGAUGGAGUGGAUGGGAUGGACAAGGCCGGGAUGGACGGCGAUGCGGAGGGCGUCUGGAGCCCUGACAUCGAACAGAGUUUCCAGGAGGCUCUGGCCAUUUAUCCCCCCUGCGGCCGCAGAAAGAUCAUCCUUUCAGACGAAGGCAAGAUGUAUGGUCGUAAUGAGCUGAUAGCAAGAUACAUCAAAUUGCGGACUGGAAAGACCCGCACACGAAAGCAGGUGUCUAGUCACAUACAGGUGUUAGCCAGGAAGAAAAUGCGGGAAUAUCAAGCAGGCAUUAAGGCCAUGAACUUGGAUCAGGCCUCCAAAGACAAAGCCCUGCAGAACAUGGCCGCCCUUUCCUCCGCUCAGAUCGUUUCUGCCAGCGUGAUGAAGAGCCAGCUGCCUCCUCUCCCUCAGCACCCCUAUCCUCCUCCAGCCCGGUUUUGGCCUGGCCCCAUCCCAGGACAGCCUGGACCUUCUCAGGACAUCAAGCCGUUCGCACCGAGUCCGUACUCCACCCUUCAACCUCCGCUGCCCGCACCCAUAUCGAGUUAUGAGCAGUUACCCGCUCCGCACCCCCCGAGCGCCACUGCUGUGCCUGUGUGGCAGGACCGGACCAUAGCCUCCUCUAAACUGCGCAUGCUGGAGUACUCGGCCUUCAUGGAGGUCCAGAGAGACCCUGACACUUACAGCAAGCACCUGUUCGUCCACAUCGCCCAGACGAACCCCUCGUACACAGACCCUCUCCUGGAGGCCGUGGACAUCCGUCAGAUCUACGACAAGUUCCCAGAGAAGAAGGGAGGGCUGAAGGAGCUGUACGAGAAAGGCCCACAGAACGCCUUCUUCCUGGUCAAAUUCUGGGCCGAUCUGAACAGCAGUAAUGUUCAGGACGGCGCAGGGUCUUUCUACGGGGUCAGCAGUCAGUACAGCAGCGCGGAAAACAUGACCAUCACCGUCUCCACUAAAGUCUGUUCUUUUGGGAAACAGGUGGUGGAGAAAGUUGAGACGGAGUACGCGCGCGUGGAGGGCGGCAGGUACGUGUACCGGAUCCACCGCUCGCCCAUGUGCGAGUACAUGAUCAACUUCAUCCACAAACUCAAACACCUGCCAGAGAAGUACAUGAUGAACAGCGUCCUGGAGAACUUCACUAUACUGCAGGUCGUCACGAACAGAGACACGCAAGAGACUCUGCUCUGCAUAGCCUUCGUGUUCGAGGUGUCCACAAGCGACCACGGGGCCCAGUACCACGUUUACAGACUCGUCAAGGACUGAACGCCCUUCAUCCGGUGAGGAGGAGAACAUCAGACUGGGCCGGAGCUCACGAACGCAAUCAAUCACGGGACAAAAACACAAACCGGGAUCCUCCGCGCUCGGUUGCGUCGCACAUGCAGCCGUGUUCCUUAAAAGCAAAGGACAUGUACUUUCAGGGAUAAUUCUGUUUCUUACUGUUUUUUUUUUCGCGGAGGGCGAACUCUGUCACGUUUAUGGUACCGGACUCUGAAGAGGCGCGAAGGUGUUUUUAAAAGCCGCGGAUAAGAAAGGAACGGCGGUCGAUGCAAGUCUUUCUCCUCGUCUUUGGUUCGGACGCAGCGGCUCGCUGACCUCUGACCUUCGACGGGCCAGCGAGAGCGUAGGAAAGAGACGCUGAAUGUUUGUCGCGAUGGGAAGAGCAAGUUGCAAAGGAGUUCGGGUCCGUGAACGUCGCGCGCUUUCGCGAGUUUGACCUCGGAUUUGGCUUGAUUUUCUGUUUUUGGAAAGUUGCAAAUGUGUGAGCUAUUUCUACCUCCUGGGUGUGUUUGGGAGCCUGUGUCCACCACGCCUCGUUCGGGCAGUUCUGCGCUCACCUCUCGCUAGUCGGACUUUGUUUCUUGUCGUUUUUAAGAGGGGGAAAUCUUUUUUUUUUUUUUUUUUUAAUGCGCGAGCUCACAAUUGCUAGCUCGCGACUAGAUAUAAACUCGUGAUUCUGAGAAGAAAGGCCAGAACUGAGAUAUAAACUUGUUUUAUUCUGUAGCAGGAAAAAAAUAAUAAUUUUAGCAUAGUCGUUUCUGCGAGAAAAUGUCAGAGCUGCGAAAUGUAAAAAUAAGGGAGUUUAUAUCUUACAUUUAUGUUUUUACGCCUCACAAAUUGUCAUAGAAUUUCUAGAAAAGAGAUUUUAAAUUGCCUUUUCUUUCUUUCAGUAGCCAAAAAAUAAAUAAAAAAUUGCAAGAUGUAAAAUCUGAAUUAUAAUAUAAAUGCAUCGUUUUGAGAUAUGAACUCGUGAAUUAUUGGAAUUGCGAGGAAAGAUAUCUCGUGAUUACGUUUUUGUCCCAGGCUUUUUCUCAGAAUUUCGACAAAAAAAAGCGAUUAAAAAGUCUUAGUCACCUUUUUUUCGGUAGCAACUGCGAGAUAAACGAAGAAUUCUGACAAUGCGAUGAGAUAAAAACGUGUGAUUUAAAAAAAAGGUCACGAUUAGCUUUAUUUUUCCUUCGAUUGUCCUGUGGUGGAAACAGGCUUCCUUGGAUGCGCCAAGUGCAUUUUUAAAAGCAGAGUUUGGGUUUAAAACCAUUUUUUUUGCCAUAAUGAUUAUUGUGAAUGUGCAUGGUUUUGCUCGAUUGCCCUCAUUCCGAGCGCCUCACCUGCCUUUCGCCGACCUGGUGAGCGCGCGGGACAGGUCCAGCAGAUCGGGUGACCCCGUUUAAAACAAAGAGCGCGUAACGGAGGUUACCGCGGGGCAUGUAACGCUCGGUUUUGAUUUGUCGGUGUUUCGAAUCGGCGAGCUGCACGCUAAUUAAUUACACCAUCACCAAAGCAAUUACACUUAACUGGGUGCUCGAGGAUGUUCCUAACGGCGUUUUAAAACAAGCGUUUUCAUGUAAAACCGGAGCGCGGAAGGUGCGCCGUGAGUCGGCGGAAGGUUUUGAACGGCACAAAGUGAAUCAGCUGUUAAUUCCGCAUCAAAAAGUGCAAUAAGAUCCGGGCUAUUCCGACCCAUGUUUUCUCAGGUUCUUUCAGCAAUGCAGAAACACUCUCGCUUUAUAAUGUUAGCACACACAGUAUGCGGAGUCACGGUUUCAUUACUCUCUCUUUUUUAUUCUUCCACACAUGGUAUCCAUAUCGGUGUUUUUUGUUGACCCACAGUCACCUGCGCUGGUUAGUACAUAUGAUUUUAAAUGCCAGACGUAAUCAGUGAACUAUAUAAAACGGCUGCAGCUGGUUAUUCAUGGCAUCAUGUAUCGGUACGUUUAUAUAUAAGACGUUAUGGAAAGCACUUGCUGAUGUUCUGCAUUGUACAUUCUCUGCUCGGAACUACUUUUUGUGUGAAGGUUUCUAGACUAAUCUGUAAUAUCUUAACCAAAGAAUCGAAUGUGAACACCAUCCCAGUCUUGCCUUAUUGUGUGCUUCGGGUCUUCUGUGACAUUUUAAGAGAAAAACCUUCUGGAUGAGUGUGUGCGCGCGCGUGCGCGUGCGUGUGUGCCUGUGUGUGUGCGCGUGCGUGUGUGCGUGUGAGAGAAGAAACUAGAAAUUCAUGUUGAAAUUCUAAUUGUUUUGUGUAUAUUUUAAGAAUGUUACAGGAAAAUGGUUUUUAUGUCUAUUCUUUUUUUCAUCUUUAGUUUGUUUUUGCUUCGUUUGUUCCAGUAUAAUUCUUGUUUUGGUUUAUAUUAAAUAAGGGUUGUAACAUCUAGAGCGUUUCAUGUUUGUGCUCAUUAAAGUGUCUUUCGACCCCUGGAAGCUAAAA